AUGUCUGUGGUGAAGUCCAUCCAAAUAACUCUGCCCAAGGAUGCCGUCUACCUGGCCGGCUCCUCCAUCAAGGGGCAGGUGGUUCUCACCCUGAACAGCACCUUGGUGGACCCCAUAGUCAAGGUGGAGCUGGUGGGCAGGGGCUACGUGGAGUGGAGUGAGGAGACAGGGGAGGCCCUGGAUUAUAGCAAAGAUGUGCUUUGCAACAACAAAGUGGACUAUGUGCAUAAGACCAAGACAUUCCCAGUGGAGGGUAACUGGUUAAGCGCAGGCAGCCACGAGUUUGGGUUUCGUUUCAAUUUACCUGCCAGGCUUCCUUCCACUUUCACCAGUAAAUUCGGCCACAUCUUCUAUUUCGUCCAGGCCACCUGUUGGGGCCGAGAAUCCAUUCUGGGCAAGAAAAGAGUGUACUUAAUGGUUCAAGGGACUUCGGAUCUCCACAGAAAAAACUCACUGCAGAGGCCCGUGUCGGUGGAGACAGAGAAGAGGGUGUCCUACAAUUGCUGCAGCCAGGGGACCAUCAGCCUGCACGUGGAGCUGGAGCACAACAUCUUCAGCCCCGGCGACCUCAUGGUCUUCACCACCGAGGUGGGCAACCAGACAGGCCGGUGCAUCCGCACGGUGGCCUGGGCGCUGUUGGUGCAUGUGCAGUACAAGGGUUUCACGCCCAACACGGAACGGCGUGCCAGAGCCGACAGCAGCCAGCUGGCCCGGCAGGACAGCAACACCCACAUCCCACCCUACAGCAGCAGCAGGAUCGUCUGCACCUUCCAGCUGCCCCAGGUGCUGCCCCUGAGUGGGGAGGCCAGGGUUUCCGAGGAAGACCUGCUGAGCGCCCACUACGAGCUGGUCACCACGGUCCACCUGCCCUGGUCCCUGGCCAGCGUGAAGGCCAAGGUCCCGGUGGUCAUCACCCAUCCCCCGCUGAGGUCCGAUAGCCCCCCUGGACAGGACUGGAGCCCCACAGCCAGGCCUGUGGCCCCGGAGGCCGACUCGACAGAAAUCAGUGUCUAA